AUGUCAGCGAACAAGGCGAAUGGGGUUGCGACGCCUCCCGUGGGAGAUAAUGGACUCAGGAAGUUGAAGAUAUUGAUGUUGCACGGAUACACCCAAUCCGGCCCCCUCUUCCACGCCAAAACCCGCGCGCUGGAAAAACUCCUCCAGAAAUCCUUUCCCUCCCCUUCCCCCUCACCACACAAGGCGCUCCCGGGCACACUGCCCUCCUACCCGGGCGGCAUCCAACUCAUCUACCCAACGGCACCAAUGCGCCUGCUCCCCGCUGACAUCCCUGGAUUCUCGUCAUCCGAAUUACAAAGCGACAGCAUUGAGAAGGGAGAUGAGCCCGACGCGUGGGGCUGGUGGAAGAGAGAUGAGUCGGGGAAAUACGUUGGGCUGGAAGAAGGACUUGAGACGAUAAGGAAGGCGAUUGAGGAUGCGGGUGGUGUGGAUGGUGUAUUGGGAUUCUCGCAGGGUGGUGCAGCUGCCGCGUUAGUUGCAUCACUCCUCGAACCCGGCCGCGAGGAAGCAUUCUUCUCCUCCUCAUCUCCUUCAUCAUUCUCCUACCCCCCCUCCUGGUCGUCCCUACGCACCGCGCUCCCUCAACCACCUCUCAAAUUCGCCAUCUCCUACUCCGGGUUCUACGCCCCCAACGCGACGUACAAGCCAUUCUAUACACCGAAGAUCAAGACGAGGUUUCUGCAUGUCAUUGGGAGUUUGGAUAGUGUGGUUGAGGAGGAGAGGAGUCAGGGGUUGGUGGACAGGUGUGAGAAUGCGGUGAAGGUGGUUCAUCCCGGUGGGCAUUUUGUACCCGUGGGGAAGGAGUAUGCGGGUGUGUUGGUGGGAUUUUUGAGGGAUGUGUUGGGGAGGGAGGAGAAGGGGGAGGAAGAGGGUGUGGAGGAUAUGGAUGUGCCGUUUUGA